GCCAUCAAAGAAUAGUAAAAGACAGAUGGAGACUUGAGGAUUCCCUUUAAAACGAAAGAGGUUAGACUCUCACAAUCUCUCUCGCUUUACCGUGUAUUCCUUGCUGGUUAAGCCAAGCUCAGUAGUCGAUUAUCAGUUCAGAUUAUCUUCACUCCUCUCCAAUUCGAUUCUUCCACGCCAACAAUGGCCUCCCAAUCACCGCCCACCACCGCCUUUUUCACGCGUGCUACUCUGUCGACCUUCACGCGCCGCCCCUGGCGGGUGUUCCUUUCCCUCUCGUCCUUUGCCCGCCCCAUUUCCUUCGGUGACGCCUCCGCCCGUAUGAAGCGUAACCUCAACUACUUCCGGGUGAACUACGCCAUGAUAAUCCUGGUGAUCCUCUUCCUCAGCCUCCUAUGGCACCCGAUCUCAAUGAUCGUUUUCUUGGUCGUCUUCGUAGCCUGGUUCUUCCUCUACUUCUUCCGUGACGAUCCCUUGGUCAUUCUCAACCGUUCGAUCGACGACCGCAUCGUGCUGGCGAUCCUCGCCGUAAUUACGAUUGUAGCCCUAGUUUUGACCGACGUUUGGCUGAACGUGUUGGUUUCCGUUCUAAUUGGGGCUUUUAUCGUGGGAGUACACGCUGCGUUUAGGGGAACAGAGGAUUUGUACUCGGACGGACUUGACGGUUCCGAUGGUGGGCUGUUUUCGGUUGUCGGCAGCCCCACCCGUGGCCAACACCAUGACGAAUUCCUUGGCGGAUGAACCAAUGGUGGCCGGUACUUGCUGUGAUGUUGCUGCUGUUUGUAGCCACAAAUCAACUAAAUUAUACAACUGCAAUGUUGGAACUACAGGCUGCCCCAUACAUUUUAUCUCAACCUGUCAUCAAGUACAUGCCAAAAUGUAAAUAAACACAUUGCACCUUGUUUAUCAAAGAAGGCGAUAUAUCUAUGGCUUAAACUACUUCAAA